AUGGAGGAAGUAAUUAAACUCGAGUCACUGUUUUGGUCCUGUGAGGGCAGCCAGCAAGUGGCUAACCUCCUGAAUAAGAUCAAGAAGGUCACUUCUGAAUUCGAAGGCAAAACUGGGCACCCUUCGAUUAACUUUCAAGUCCUAGAAAAAAUCAAGUACCCUGGCAGACGGAAGGGUAGUGCACGUCCAAAGUACCUCCCCAAAGACUUUGGUCGGGCAAACUGGAGAAAGAUCAGUGUUUCGUCUGGUCAUGCUGGCCUUAAGGCAAUGGUUAGACUGAGAGCUAAAAUGAGGGAGGGAAAGCCUGCAGCUACACAAAAACAAAACAAAAACAAACAAGAGCCUCUCGACCCAGUCGAUGCCCCCCAAAAAAAUGGGUUCAAAAGACCUGCCACCACCCUAGAAGAUUACCAGUAUGAUAAUCGCACCUCUGUUGGCAAGAGGGUCAAAUUCCAGCCCGGUUUUCCUGUCUCUCAUGAGAUAGUCGAUGAUGUCAAGGGUGGGUUUAGCCCUACUGCUGACGGGUGGUGUGGUUUUCGGGUCCUUGCCCACUUGAUCUACAAAGAUCAGAAUAAGUUUUCACUUGUAAAAAGGGAUAUGCUAGCCGCCCUGCCGAAAUACAAAACAUUGUACACAAAUACCUUUGGCACUGACACAAGCCAACUAGAAAAAAUCAUUCAACAUGGCUCUCAACUCGAUUAUAGCAACACCAGCAACACCAACACCAACUUCAUCCCAGUAUGUUCAGAUGCCAGUUGUGCCAGAAAUAAGAUUGAUGAUAACUUUGAUACUUACUGGAAUAAGUUCAAAGAAUUUAACAAGCAUGAUCGCCGAAAUGCCAUGCUCUCUCUCCAUUCUGAUCUAGAUCAACCAAUUGAUCUUACUCCAAAAUAA